AUGAAACAAACCGAGUUGCUAAACAAGGCCCCAACCCCAACUGCAGCGGCGGAUACUGCCCUGAUUGGCAUAAAACUCGAUGGAUCAAAUUAUGCACUAUGGUCCCAAGUUGUGGAGAUGUUUAUCUCCGGGAGAGACAAAUUAGGGUACGUUAACAGUGAUUUACCCCAACCUGAUCCAACUAAUCCAUUAUUUCGACGAUGGAGAAUCGAAAAUGUCGUCGUCAAAGGCUGGCUCAUCAACACCAUGGACUCAUCCCUUGAGGAGAGGGUCUAUGUGUUCCUUGACGGGCUUGAUGAUCGACUCGACCAAGUCAGGAGCACCGUGCUACAGAUGCAACCAUUUUCGACGAUUGAGCAAGCCUACACGUGCGUCCGGCGGGAAAUGGUGCGACAAACAAUGAUGGGGAAUGGUUUUGAUGAAGGAAUGGGAAUUGGGUUGGCUUCCAAGGGGCUGAAAACGGGCCCCAACCCAUUUGGAAAAGACGAAGUUCUAGUACUCAAUAAAUCUAAUCCCACUAGUCCAAAUUCAAAGCAAUGGACAGAAGGCUUAAAGUGCUCCCAUUGUGGAAAUUCCAAACACACAUGGGACACUUGCUUUAAGCUCCAUGGAUACCUAGACUGGUGGCAUGAGCUCCAGGCUAAAAAGAAACGUAAUGACACCAAUAUUGAGCCCAGUACUAGUAAAACGACAGUAGCAGCAACAAAACCCCAAUUGUCUCUACUUCCUACUGACUCUACCAGUAACACGCCAAGUAUAGCAUCUCUUAGAUCUACUAGAAGCAGUGAAUGCAACUUGUGGAUCCUAGAUUCCGGAGCCAUGGAUCAUAUGACAUUUGAUGCACAGGACUUUUGUCAGCAUACCGCUCCAAGGCGAACUAGCAUUGCAAAUGCUAAUGGUACUCUUUUAUCGGAUAUUCUCACGAAGGAAAUUAUUGGGCGUGGUACUAAGAAGGGGGGACUCUACUAUAUGGAUGACUUCAAAAUGGGACAGGCACAUCAUGUGGGACAGUCGGAGAAGACACAUGAUGAAGAGUUGAAUUGGUUCAAGGACAUCCCAGACAUCCCACUGACUAUAGAGCUACCAACUACCAUGGGUAUGGAACAGACUACAGAGCCACCAAUGUCGACUACUGAGACACCCCCUCAUUCUACAGUACCUCAUGACCCAACUUCUGAGAAUAUUCCUAAAGAGAUUCUUGAGGUAAGUUCUCCUCUUGUCACAAAACAUUUAACUGAUGAUGGUUAUCAAUUACCUCCCAGGCACAAUCGUGGCAAACCACCAAAACGCUACUUUCCAGAUAUUGAGACACACAAAUCAAAGUACCCAAUUGUCGAUUACGUCUCAACAGAGAAGCUCUCAGAAUCCUUAAAGAGCUUUUCUAAUGCAUUAUCGGUGCAUCACAUUCCUACAGGGGUAGAGGAGGCUCUACAAGACCCUAAGUGGGUCCAAGAUAUGAAGGAAGAAAUGGAAGCAUUGUUGAAAAACAAGACAUGGAUUCUUGUCUCUUUACCAGAAGGCCACAAGACAGUGGGGUUCAAAUGGGUAUUCUCCAUCAAAUACAAGGCGGAUGGGUCAAUUGAACGCUACAAAACAAGACUUAUAGCGAAAGAAUAUACGUAG